AUGGAAAGUAUGCCGUCUGAGGAACCAAUAGAAGUUUUUACUGAAAUUUACAAACCGACAUUAAGCGUAGAUGUAACAGCUGAACCUCCCGAAGACACGAGCACUGGAACAACCCCUCAGACAUCCGUUACGCCUCAUGUUUCCACCAACAUUUUUGUUGCUGGUGUUCCACCAACAUGGGAUGAAAACAACUUGUACCAAAGGUUUAAGGAAUUUGGUGAGAUUGUAUCCACAAAACUUGUACGGCAAAGACAUUUUGCUUUUGUGAUGUUCAGAAAACCGGAGUCCGCACAUGCUGCAAUUAACGCCAUGCAUCUCACACAUCCGACACCGAAUAGUCCCGUGAAGCUGCAUGUGUCUAUCGCAAUGCAUGACGAGGGUGUGGAUGAUUUGCCCAAUGAUCGCAUAUUCAUUAGAGGACUCGCGCAAUGGACAACAAAAGAACAUCUCAAGCAAAGUUUUGCACCAUAUGGAACCAUUGUAGAAGCUGCCGUCCUCACCAAUCACCUCGGGCAAUGCAAAGGUUCUGGUUUUGUUCAGUUUUCGUCCGUUGAGGAGGCAACAGCCGCGAUUGAGGCAAAGAAGAAUAUUCGUAUCGAAGGCUUGGAUUCUGAGCUGGAGGUUAAAUAUUCUGAGACGGCGGAAGUUAGGCAACUACGACAGGAGCGUAAUAAAAACAGGCAAAAAUACUCUCCCAAAUACCGACAGCGCCUGUCGCCAUUUCCAUUCUUCCCGCAGGUUCCUGUGGGGCCACCCAUGCAAACGUUUCCAAUGAUUGGCGUUCCAACGUCUGUGCCCGUGUUUUAUCCGCCGCCCCCGACCGCAACGGCGGUGCCUUCACCCCACGUCAUUUAUCCCACACUCGUGACGUCUCCACCACUGCCAAUGUUUACCACUGCGCCAACGAUAUUUGAGGCUAAGACGGAGGCAUUUCCCAGUAGUGGAGACGUGCACCUUUCAGGUGUUUCAUUGUCAGAACCUGUUCUUUCAUCAUUACUGCAACGCUAUGGAGAUGUAAGCGCCAUGGAGCUUCUUGAAGACGGUGCAGCAGCGAUACGGAUGGCAGACCGUAAUAUGCAUACGCUUAUAGUUCAAGAGUUGAAUGGCCUUGUUUUCUCUAACGGUCAGUUGUUGGUGGCAAGGCUUUAUGCCUAA